UGCCCGUUCCCUCCACUACCGUCACCAUCACCAGUCGAACGUUCGGCGCGAGACCUUGCGCCCGGGCAAAACCGUUAGUGGAGCCGCGCGCAGAUCGACGUUCCAAUUCAACUAUAAAAGUUGCACGUUUGGAAGGGGCGGGGGGAAGGAAACGAGAAGACAUUGCAAAUAAAUUGCCCCAAACCUCUUUAACGCUCGAUAAAAGCCAUCGCACGAUUUCAUCUCACCCUCGUUUUUUCGGGCCGAUUCCUAACGCGAUUGGUUCGUUUCGCAGUCAGUCACGUUUAUCGCAGUGCCGUAUCGCAAGAAGGCGGGAAUGUAACAGAUACAUUUUAGUUUUUCCGAACAAAAAGGGAUGUUGAAGGUUUAUUCCGAUGUGUAUUUGAAUAUCUUAUCGCUGUUUAUUGAUUUCAGUGUCCCGGUGCUUCUUCACCCUUUCCCACCCCCACACCCGUCUGCUGCUCUGCUCGGACUAACUGUUUUUACUUUUGGAUCCGAAAACGGUUAAAACCGUCCGCAGCAAUGAGCGACGGGAGUUGUAGUCUUUGACCCCGGGAUGCAGCCGCGCUAGUCAAGGCCCUGCCGAAGCUCUAAGGACUACAAAUGCCGGCAUGCCUCGCGGUCCGCCAUUGUCUGCCGCUAACGUCAACAUAACAAACCCAUGGUUAAAUGUCGCCGGGCGAACUUGUUGGAAGAGACAAAAAAAAUACACACGAAAUAAGGAAAUGAUCGGUGCUCAGUUUAAAUAAUCCAGCCCGUUUCCCUUCCUCCCCCUUCCAACAGACAUUGAAAGUAUUUAUGCAUUUAUGGAGUGACAGUCAUGGAUUACGAUUUUAAGACGAAACUAGCAGCAGAGCGAGAGAAAGUAGAAGAUCUGUUUGAAUAUGAAGGUUGCAAAGUGGGUCGUGGUACCUACGGUCAUGUUUACAAAGCAAAAAGAAAAGAUGGGAAUGAUGAGAAAGAGUAUGCUCUCAAACAGAUUGAAGGCACUGGUAUUUCCAUGUCUGCUUGCAGAGAGAUUGCAUUGCUGCGAGAGCUGAAGCAUCCCAACGUGAUUGCUUUGCAAAAGGUGUUCCUUUCACACAGUGACAGAAAGGUCUGGCUCCUGUUUGAUUAUGCAGAACAUGAUUUAUGGCAUAUUAUCAAGUUCCAUCGUGCCUCAAAAGCAAAUAAAAAGCCAGUACAGCUACCAAGGGGAAUGGUCAAAUCACUGCUUUAUCAAAUACUUGAUGGAAUUCAUUAUCUCCAUGCAAACUGGGUUCUUCAUAGGGACUUGAAACCCGCAAACAUCCUAGUGAUGGGGGAAGGACCAGAACGAGGUCGUGUAAAAAUAGCUGACAUGGGUUUUGCCAGACUGUUUAAUUCUCCUCUAAAGCCUUUGGCUGAUUUGGAUCCAGUAGUAGUAACAUUUUGGUAUCGUGCGCCGGAGUUACUGCUUGGAGCCAGACAUUAUACAAAAGCAAUUGAUAUCUGGGCAAUUGGAUGCAUUUUUGCAGAACUUUUAACAUCAGAACCCAUUUUUCAUUGUCGCCAGGAAGAUAUCAAAACAAGCAAUCCUUUUCACCAUGAUCAGUUGGAUCGUAUUUUUAGUGUAAUGGGAUUUCCGGCUGAUAAAGACUGGGAAGACAUCCGCAAGAUGCCUGAAUAUCCAACUCUGCAGAAAGACUUCAGGAGAACAACCUAUGCUAACAGCAGCCUCAUUAAAUAUAUGGAGAAACACAAAGUCAAGCCUGACAGUAAAGUAUUUCUUCUGCUGCAGAAACUCCUGACUAUGGAUCCAACAAAAAGGAUUACUUCUGAGCAAGCUCUACAGGACCCAUACUUCUUGGAAGAGCCUUUACCAACUACAGAUGUCUUUGCAGGUUGCCAGAUCCCAUAUCCUAAGCGGGAAUUUCUUAAUGAAGAUGAAGCAGAAGAGAAAGGUGAAAAGAAUCAACAACAAACUCAGCAACACCAGCAGCAGACAACACAGAACCAACAGCAACAAGCCCCCCAACAACAAAACAGCACGCAGACAAAUGGGACAGCUGCUGGAGGAGGAGGUGGUGGAGGAGCACCAGGAGCAGGCCUACAGCAUAACCAGGACAGCAGUCUCAAUCAGGGACCUCCAAACAAGAAACCUCGAAUAGGCACAUCAGCUACAACCUCUGGUGGAUCUGCCAUCCCAACUGAUUACCAGCACUCUGGCACACGUCUGGGUUAUCAAAGCAAUGUACAAGGCUCUUCCCAAUCCCAGAACGCUACAGGAUAUUCAUCUUCAACUCAGCAGAGCUCACAGUAUUCACACCAGUCCCACAGGUACUGAUCAGCAUUGCUGACAGAAAGGACUUCAAAGGAAAGCCUUCAGCAAUAUUAUGGUGAAUGGUUCCAACGAGAGGAACCUAAUGAAUAUGACUGACGUAUGUAAAAUUUAUGGUAUUCAGAAGUAUAAAUUGGCAUUAUUUAGCAAAAAUUAUUUGAGAAAACAUUGUUAUUAUAAUAAUCUUCUGACUGUCUGGACAUUUUCAACUACCAAUGCCACUGGGAAGGUUCCAGUCAAGGCCAUUUCUUUAAAGUUGUGUGUAAAUAUCUUUUAAAUAAUUUUAACUCAGCACUUGAGUUUCUCAACUAAGGAGCAGGUGAAAUGUGUUCACUGUUUUUAGAGCACUUUUUGAUGUAGUGACAGGGUUUCCUGUUGCUUGUCCUAAAAUCUAAAUAUAGGAAUUGUACAUUCUAGACAUGCAGCUUAAAAAAUUAACAGUUAACUCUUCAAUCACUAUUCUCCAAUUCUUCAAUUGCUCUGUUUAAUAGUUUCAGUUAUAACAAAUGCUAAUUGUGAAAGGUUUUCAAAAAUGAUUUUGGCCGCAAAUGUGAAAAUCCAUUCUCUGUUGUUUUCUUCCUGCAAUGCGCAACACCAAUCGCAUAUGAAACUACAGCUUUAUUCGAUGUAAUCUGCCUGUUGAUUGUACUGAGUAUUCCCAGUACUGAAAACUAAAUUCCAAUUUUGGUGCUCCUAAUGUCAUGCUUCAUGCAUUGGGUUGUAUGUGCAGAAUUUGGGUGUGGAGGACAGAAGCUCUGGUUGGUAACUGGAAUGAAUUUCUAUUAGUGAGCUAUAGGAGAAAAACUGUGCAAGCUGUCAAUCAGUUGCAUCAAGCUACAUGCCUGAAUGGCUAAUAUGUGCUUUCAUUGAGCAAAAUUCUGGGCAAGACUGAAAAUCCAGUUACUCACAGCAUUAAAAUCAGCCCCUCCAUGCUGGGAGCGAUAAAUUGUAAAUAUAAUUCCAUAUUUCUACCACUGUUUUUAAAAAAAUCAACCAUAUGUUUCUCCCUUAUCUUCACAGAAAUGCGCCCCAUCUCUUUGGGCCUCCAGUUGGCUAGUUUCUCAGGGAAUCUCUAGUUUUCACUAUUUUUCAGGUUUUGUUUUAUAUAAAGCCCGUAUAUUUCACAGAGUUUGUUUCAUUUCUAGCAGCACUAUAGGGACUUCCAAUGCUCCAAUUGUCUGUCUGCGUUAGAAAUUAAUUUCUAUGUCUAGGUUUGGAAGUGAGACUAUAAACUAAUUGAAGUACUGAAAAGGCACAGUACAUAGGUAAAGCUGUCUAAAGCCAUCUUCUAAGCAGGAAAUUAGGUUAAAUUUCUGCUUUUACUUUGUUCUUGCGUAUAUAACUCACAAUGUGCUUAGAGUAAACUGUUUACUUUUUGGAAGUCUCAAGGCUUCGUACGUUGGGGAAUAUUCAUUCUUUACGCAGUUAUGAAUUAAAUUCACAGAAAUAUAGUUACUGCAUUGUAUGCCCUUUACUACAAAUUCAUUGGAAAAUGGAUGAAGAAAAGGGUAAAUAUCUGUAUUUAUGUUGAUUAAAUCCCAAUAAGAUGUCAGUUUGGUGAAUUAACAAACUGUCGUUUUAUCUAUUAUUUUAGUGCAUUGUAACAUACAAAAUUGCAAAAGUGGAGUCUUUAGAUAGGACUGACUCCUACAGUUCUAUUUAUACAAUUACAGCAUCUUGAACUUAAUACCUGCACAGAUUGCAUUAAAUCUGCAUGAUAUUUUUGUUUCACUCUUUUCAUUCAAGAUCCAUUUGUGAAGCCACAGGUAAUGGACGUAAAUUAACUUGACUGUUCGCUUAAUUUAAAUACUGCCUAAAAAUAGGUUAACAAUCAUGUAACUAAAUCUUCUGAAAGGAAACUAGAAUAAAUGAGAGCCUGAAUAGUUAGAGAAUGGAAUUCAUGCAUUGAUCACCUUGAAAUGGUGUCCUGUCAAUGUUAGGGAACAAUUGAUCCAAGCAUUCAGUGUCAAUAUUCCGUAUUAUUUAUAACAACUAUAUAUCCUUAAGAGCUUAUUUUCACCUCUAUAGGAGACAAUAUUGACUUCAUGACUGCAGAUGAUAUUUUAUCUGUUCAGAUUGCUGUAAUUAUGUUCACACGUAUUUAAAUAUUUUGACCAUUUUCAACAUUUAGUUAGUUUUAUUUAGUUAUUCCAAAUAUCUCAUAGCAGAACUUACUUCAGUGAAAAUGAUAAGCAGUUAGUCAACACUCUAUUCUAUCAGUCAGCUGUAUUAUUAUUCUGACUCUUGCUGGUUUCUUAGUAUAAAGAAUGUAAAAUGGAAAGAAUACUUUUAAAAUAACAAGUUCUCAUUCAAUAAAUUCCUGUAUGAAAAUAUACCAGUUCCAUUCUAGAUGAAAGUCCAGAAGAUUGAUUAUAAAAUGAGGUGACUGAUUACCCAAUGUUUCAUGUAGUCUUUAGCUUCUGCACACCAUUACCUGUCUUUGGGAUUGUCAAUCAGGCCUCUGUCAAUCAAUCUGACAGUGCUACACCUUGAUAUUUCUACUGCUUAGGACAAACAUGAAUCUUGACUGACAAUUUGUGCUCAGGAAGCAAUGUGAUCAAUAACUUUUAUUAACUAUUUCAUGACACUUUUAAAGUAUAACAUCGUGAAAAGACUUGUUGAUCUUUUCAAAAUUUAAUUAGAAAAAAUGAGGCUCACAAUUUAAGAAACUCUAGCAAAAUAAAAAUGCUUAUUUUUAACAGAGCAACAAAUCUAACUUGAGGAUUUUUAUUAGCCACAUUUCAAAUCAUUUAAAAGUUCAUUUCAGACUGGUCAGGGAACAAUUUCAAGAAGUGCUGAACAGACAAAAUGAUUAUCUAUGUACCGUCUGCCAAGCCAAACAUCCACAUUGAGGUUAAACAUUUGUUAGCGUGCAAGUUAGUAAUGCAUGAACUGUUUUUCCAGUGCACCGUAAUCUGUAGGGCAAUGUCAUGUCUAAAUUCUUCAAGGUAAUUUUGCUAGUGUUGUCAAAUAUUUACAUUAUUCUGCACUAUAUCUUCAAUGCUUGUAAAAUACUCAUUAAAACCCAUCACCACUCUCUCAACUGUGCCUGUGAAUUGCUAAACGCCCGUUUAUGAAUGCAGUACAUCCUGAAUGGUCAUUACGACUGAAAAUGGUAUCUAUGUUUCCUUCUCCAGAGACUGAGCUCAUGAGCAUUUCCAGUAUUCUGUUUUGUUUCUGUUUCAGAUUUUCAGCAUCUGCAGUAGUGUCAAUAUGUCUGUUCCUUGCUGAAUUUUAAAAGAACAAAUUGAAGCAAAAAGCACAUUAGUUACUUCAAAUGAUCUGAAUUUUAGCGAAUAAUUUUCAGCUUCACCAGGUUAUUUCCUUCUUUUCUCCUUUAGUCUUUGGGAUAUGGGUGAUCCUGAUGAGGUCAGCAUCUAUUGUCCAUCUCCUGUAAACUGAGUUUCUUGCAAUUUCGGAGUUCAGUAAAGAAUCAACCACAUUUCUGUAUGUUCUGAGCCAAGCACAGGCCUGAUCAGGUAGGGAGAGCAGAAUUCCUUCUCGGAUGCAUUUUGUGAGACUCAGCACUGGUUUUACGGUCAGUAUUACAUUUCAAGGAUAGGUGGUACCACCCCCUGUAAAUUGGGAGACAGGUCAGACCAGACAAUCAGGCAGUGCACAGGACAUGUGCUUUAGAAGAUGCACCAAAUUCAAACUCACCAGAGUGUAACCAUAAAAUUACAUCCUGUGUAUAGCUGUAAAUAUUGCCAUUUCUAAUGAAACAAGUCACUUUAUCGCAGGUUCUCCAAUCAAUUUUAUUUAUACUUCAGCAGCAUUGAUUUUUAAAAAGGCUGUGUAUAAUUUUGUGCUGGCUAUCCAUGUUAAUAUCAGGUUAUUUUAAAACAUUCAACUUUCUUAAAAUGUAUAGUAUCCUUUGGGAAGUUAUGCAGUCACAUGCAUUAAACUUGUUACUUGGUGAUGCUUAAAGAGUUAACUGAUUGUAAACGCAAUAGUCUAAAUAUUUAGUUUCUUGCACUAAUAGUACUAACGUUUCAACCCAAUCCUCCAACCCUGCAAAAACACCCUUAUUGAUUGUCUUACAGUUAUGUAAUGUGUAGCAUUGAACAUUCUUGCAGUUAGUGUAAAACUACAGUAUAGCUUGAACAUAAGUUUUUUUUUUAAAUUUAAUGUCCUGAGAGUAUUAGACUUUAAGCACACACAAACCAUUUCAGUGGAUCACAAAAACUGGUGAAACUACAAGCAGGGAAAACAACCUGACCCUGAAUUUUCACAAGUCCCUUCAUAGCUUGUGCAGUAGCUUCAGCAGAUCAACAGAAUGACUUGAGAAACAACAUAAACAGCCAUUUAUGUAAUUUGUCCGGAUGUUCUGGUAGUUGACCACUUGAGAUACCUUUUCACUGGCUCUGGCAUCCUGUUAUUAGCCUGUCUUUAGCAGACCAUUGGGGUAGCAUGAUGGUAUCAUUUUUGAAAAAUAUUAUCUCAGUUAGUGAAAGAAAUUCUAUUAAUUUUCAUCCCUUGAUAGAAUAUAAAACUAUGUUUGAUUUCUUUAAAAUGUUUCAUUAGACAAUAACUUUUUUUUGAAUAAAAACUGAAAGAACUGCAGAUGCUGUAAAUCAGAAACAAAAACAGAUGUUGCUGGAAAGCUCAGCAGGGUCUGGCGGUGUCU